UAACUCUAGGAUGUAGUUUAGAUGUCUGCAUUUCCCCCCCUUUAAACCCGUGGACUGGAAUAGAUUCGAUACGAAAGUGGUAUGGACUACAUUGUUCACCUCUCUUGUGCGCAGCUGUGAGGCAUCCCUUCAUCCACUUGUUGCAUGAACCCUGUAUCCUACAACUGUGCUGAGACAAGAACACUCAACGCAAAAGCCACUGCGGCAACAGGUUUGCCCAACUCUUCCGUCGAUUUGGGUAGGCUGAAAGUAUUCGAAAAUCAGUUUAGCCUACUUUAUGGAAAUUAUAUUCGUUUUUUUUUUUUUUUUUUUUAAAUAGGCUUAUAAAAAACAACUAUUAAAGUUUAAUACAUAGGCUAAUAGCCUGGAUAUCGAAUGUCUGACACUGGAGAGAUUCGUCUGAAAUAACUCUACCAGUGUAGUCUUUCAAAUAGGCUUUUGGUAUUUUUAAUAGUUUUUUUUUUUAGAUUAGAGUACGAGAAGCGGUUUUCUGUUCAAGAUGCCCGUGUUGAUGAGUCCGGAUAUUGCCACGAAGUUUAAAGAGAAAUGGAUGCUGCUCCAUCCAGAUGACAGGGAUAACAUCAACGGUGCCGUAAACCUGGACGAUAGCCUGACUAGUUUGCACUGGCUUCAGAAUUUUUCUAUUCUGAGCGCUAACCCCGAGAAAGGUCCCAGCUCUGGCUGUCACCCGUCUCACAUCUACUACAACAAACACCUGCCUCUAUGGGGUACCGACUCUCCCUCCAGUCCUCCCGCCGGAGACACCGCGGCGACAGGGAUGCCGCAAACUCCCGGGACGUCUUGCAGCCACUCGACCAUCACAACCAGUUACUCACAUCCACAAGCGGGACCUUAUUCUCAUAACCAUAUGAUGGCUCACAUGAAUCCGCCGGAGGAGAUCGACUACAAGACGAACCGUCACGUAAAGCCGCCGUACUCCUACGCAACGCUCAUCUGUAUGGCGAUGCAAGCCAGCAAGAAGACCAAGAUUACCCUGUCUGAAAUCUACAGUUGGAUCACGGAGAAUUUCUGCUAUUACAGACACGCAGAACCAAGUUGGCAGAAUUCCAUUCGCCACAACUUGUCCUUGAACAAGUGUUUCAUGAAGGUCCCACGGCAGAAGGACGAACCGGGGAAAGGAGGGUUCUGGCAGAUCGACCCCCAGUACGCCGACAUGUUCGUUAACGGUGUCUUCAAGCGCCGGCGAAUGCCCGCCACCAACUUCACCACCCAGCGGCAGAGCAAGCACCAGCUUUCCUCCUGCGGUCAGUCUGGCCAGGGCAGCCAGCACCUUGGCAUGGCCUUCUACCAGGGGACGGGCAUGGACCAUAAGCGGAAACAAGCGCCACCCAAGCGUGGAGGUAGCAAGCUGGCACGGAUGCCCAAGUCCCCGCUGCUGGCCACUGAAGCCAAGGGGGCGGACAUGCUCCGUGGGGACUUUGACCUGGCCUCGGUGUUCGACGACGUCCUCAGCAGUGGUGGCAGCACGUUUGAGGAUCUGGACAUCAACACGGCGCUGAGCUCCCUGGGCUGUGAGAUGGAGCUGUCCCCUCAGGGGCAGCACGCCGCCGCCACCCGUGGCAAGUGGUACACCAGCGAGGAUGAGCAGGCCUGUGCCUACCUUGAGGCCAGCAGCAUGAUGGGAGACCUCCAGCAUCAGCACCAACAACAACAGCAUCGACAACUCCACCACCAUCAGCAGCAACAGCAUCUACAGUCCCAUCCACUCUACUACGAGGGCAUGACUCUAUUCUCAGAUCAGCACCAGCUGCACCCUUGGGAGGAGAUCAAGGAGGAGCCUCAGCCAGUCCCACUGUCCCUGGACCAGGGCUUUGGGUUCUCUGAGGGCUUCUUUUCAGAGAUGCAGCUGUGGGAGAGGGCGGAGUCAUAUAUGUAGCCCUGAGUAUGUCACAUGACAGGAAGUCAGUUGUCCAACUCAUAUCUCACCAGAUCAGAUAUGCAUUGUCUUUGCUGGUCUGAAGACCUACAGACUUUUGUUUUGCUACAUUAGCAUAAUUAUUCUUCAUAUAUAUAUGUAAUGAAAAAAAAAAUAAUUUUUGAUUCUGUUUUUUUUUACCUUUUCCAUGUUUUUUUGUUAUUUUUACAAAAUCUAUGCCGUAUGUUAGUUUUUGUGAUCUUUUUAUGCUCAUUUAAUAUGCUUAUGAGCAGUAGAUGAUCAGUGUAGUUAAAGUAUGAUAUAUAGCAAUGAAUCAAAUUUCUUUAAUCAAGUUUAAUAUAUAUUCAUUUCAGUUCAUUGUGAAUUGUGACCUGCAAAUUUUUCAAAUCAUACAACCGAACAAAAGGGAAGAAAGUGGCUGGUGUAGACCAACCCUAACCCUUAAAGGAGUACCGUCACACCGGUGUGACGGGAAUGUUGGGAAAUUAACAUUCUAAAGAAUAUCUGGGUUCAUUGAAUUCAACAUAGAAUUUUAGAACCUUCAAUUGUUGCGGAACUUAGAAUGUUCAAAAACCUACACCUUUAAGGGUUAAGGAAGCCACGCACAAGCACUUUGUCACAGAAUUGGGUUGUGAUUGCAGUAUGAAGAGGAAAUCUCCUAUUUAUUUUUCAACUCAAAGAACAUAUUGAUUGAGACGUAAAGAAAUGGAGUGGUCUGUGUUUUUUUAAAUAAUAAUAAUAAUAUCAAGUUUGGAUGAUUUAUGAAAGUCAAUGGCAAAGACUGUUAUGAAAGAUAAAUGGAUUGAACAUAGUUUAAACACAGUGACUCAGUUGUUGAUGUUUUUGUACUUGAACAAAAUUAUCAAGAUCAUAAAAGAUGGUGCAUGUUGAGAACACGUAAUUCACAUCCAAUUUCCAGUUCCAUGCAAUGUUAUUGAUUUCAGUCAUACUGCAGUGCCUUUACAUAAUAACAUUUGGUGCCAGUCAAUGUUUUUUGAUGAUCAGUUAUGGAUAGUAGACUCUCCUGACUGUAAAUUAUUGAUUUUCAGUGCAGUUUUCUCCCUGUUGCUUUGGUAAAAAGUCAGUAUGCAAAAUAUGAGAGAGAUUCAUCAAAUCCUUUUUUCUAACUCUCACUCUAACUAGCCAAACAUGCAACAUACAGAAGGUCAUGGUGUCGAGGUCCUAAAUCCUACAUCUGGUAUGGAAAAUGGUAGUUUGGUCUUAACAUUUUAUAUUAAUAUGCUGAAGAAAAUGACAAAAUGAUUUUUUUGCAACGAAAAUGCUUCUAUACAGUGUCUUUAUCUGUGCAAUAAAUCCUUUGUGAACACAUUGUCACUGUACUUACCUGUUAACCAACAUGAGCAGGGCUUCAGACUCAGUGCAGUUCUGUAAUCAGAGAUCUUUUGCAAGUAAAUAUUAGUGAGCGAGAUAUACUUGCAAUGCUUAUUAAACUGCAUUUACACAGUUAAAUAUAUUAAUGUUUAACCUCAUCCUUAAGACUUUACUGACAUGGCUUAGGCUUCAUAGCUGUUAUCUCAUCAUGUCAUUGAAAAAGUUUUCUGAAGUUGUUUUGUCUGAUUGUCACUCAAUGCAAUGAAUAAAGUGGGUUUAGACACA